GCAGAUCCUGAACCAAUGCCUUCUGUCACAGCUAUCGUUAUAUGGAGUGGUGAACCUCCUUUUGUAGACUUCGCCCUGCGUAUGCAUCAAAUAAUGUUCGGUAUUUGGCUAGAAUUAAUUGUGGCACACAUGUUGACGAGUAGAUUAUUCAAUACCGAAAACCAAAGUCCCUAA